AGCAGAGCUCCUUAUGCUCGCACUAAUUAUGACUGGUUCUCUGGGGUUAUAUCCCCUACGAUUGCUUCUAUACUCACGGUCUCGAGACCCGCCUUCGAAUCGUCGAUUGAGACAACGGAUACGGAUUCCAGCAGCGUUCGAUCCAGCUCCCAUAUUAUACCCCACGAUUAUGCCCGUUCUGAUUGCUAUAUCAUUGUUUUCAUCGUUUCCAAAAGCUUUGCUGCCGAACAUUCUCCUAGGACUGGCCGCAUUGCCUCCACAACUAAUACCAUUUACGAGCUCGAGCCCUGUAUACGACUCGGUCCAUUGGUUCGUCUCCAUGAUACCGCUCAUUGCCGCGGAACAUACAUCAAUACCGUCGAAGCUGUAUGCGCCGAAACCAUAUAAGCUAAAGCUACCACCACCCGAGAAGGGACUGCACCCUGAGAUACUUGCCAGCCUUUUCGCCUUGCACCAAGCGCUGCUUCCUCCUCUACAUUAUCUCACCACCACUAGCUUGCUACCCACAGAGCUACAUUUACUGUCCAUUGGAUUGAUCAAUCUCCUCCUGUUUGCUGAGUCCCCACAAGCCACCAUCCUCAAGACGCUGUUGUGGGUAGGAGGCGUAGGAGUAUUCGUGCUUUGCGGGAAGGUCCUCAAAUGGGGUGUGGCUUUGGCCCGUAUCCCAAAGUGGAGAUUCCGGCGCGCAGGACAGAUCAUCAAAGCUCGACAGUCAUUCUUACAGGUGCUGAACGAGAGCCUGAGGGCCAGGAGAUCCACGAGUGUCGGUGGGCGAAUUCUAUCUGAUAGCGAUGCGGACGAGGACAGCCCGAUGAUCAAGACUCCCCUGAAGAAGACGAAGAGCUUGAAAGUGAAUGUCCUGGAUGCUUUACGCCAUAAUGCGCCAGUUGCCAACGGUGAUGCCGUUCAUUCAGCCGUAGAACCUAAGAAGACCAUGUUCGAAGGAAUCGAAGACAAGGUGGACAGUUCUGUUCUGCCACCGAGAAGAAAUACACUUCCGAGUCUGCGCGCAGGCGACCACAUCCCAAAACACCAAUCCCACCGGCGUCGUUCGAAGUCGAUAGCCCAAUCCUUUCUCAACCUCACACCAACCCAAGCCAUGCUGCGGAAAUGGAUCUACGCAUGCUAUUUUUACGUGGUCGUAAUCGUCAUGAUCCUCGGCCCCAUCCGCUACCUCAUUGGCAAGACAGGAACUCAAGGCCACGAGCCUUUCGGUUGGGCGAUAGGCUACCUGCUAGGAAACCAGCAAAAGCUCCGAUUCAGUAUCAUCGACUGGAACCUCGACUCCUGGAUCGCGCUCCCACCCAUGCUCGACCGAACCUCCAUCCCCUCACCACCGACCCACGGCCUCGCAGACCAUCUGCGCCACUUCGUCCUCGGCGAAGCCAACGUCCGCCUCCUCCUAUGCCUAUACUGCGUGACCAUCAUCCUCAUCGGUCUCAUCGUCGUCCUCCGCCUAAGCUCCGUUGUAGAAGUCGACACGCGCCGCAAAGUCUUCCACGGAAUGAUGGUCGCCAUGCUCCUUCCCACCAUCUUCAUCGACCCGUCUUUCGUGGCCCUCGCCCUCAUCCUCGUCCUCGCCAUCUUCCUCCUUCUCGACCUCAUCCGCGCCUCCCAGCUCCCACCGUUAUCCCGCCCCCUCGCCACCUUCCUAACCCCCUACGUCGACGGCCGCGACCUCCGCGGCCCCGUCGUCGUCUCGCACAUCUUCCUCCUAAUCGGCUGUGCGAUUCCCCUCUGGCUCAGUCUCGCGGGGACCGACCGCGCCGGCGAAGACCCCUGGACGGGAUGGGAGGUCGCCGGCCGCGACGUCAGCAUGAUCGCAGGCGUGGUCUGCGUGGGGAUGGGCGACGCAGCGGCCUCGCUCAUCGGCCGAAGGUACGGGCGCAGGAAGUGGCUCUGGGCUGGCGGAAAGAGCCUGGAGGGGAGCGUUGCGUUCGCGGUGGCCGUGACGGUGGGUCUUGUGUUCGGCAAGGUGUGGUUGGUGGUUGGGCAGUGGGAUGAUUUGAACGCUGCAUCUUCUGCCUCUUCUGCUGAUCUCUGGUCAAUGUCCUCGUUGCGUGCGAAGGCUGUAGAGUGGGGUGUCGUGGUGAUGAAGGCUGCGAUAUGUGCGGCUGGGGCCAGUCUCAACGAGGCUGUCCUCACGGGCGGAAACGAUAAUGUCAUUGUGCCCGUGGUACUCUGGUUACUGGUCAGGGGCAUGCGGCUUUGAGAGUGCUUGCUGUCUGCUUUGCAGCGCCUCUUUCUUUCGGCCCGCUUCUGCAUAUGUGCACACUUCACAAUUUCUAUUGCCUCAUAGUAGUCUAAUUUCGAUUCGAAAGACAUAUAUAUCUAGGGAAAAAGGCUUGAGGUCAUUGUGGUUUCUCAAAACAAAAGGCAGAGGGGAUAUUAUUGCAUUGCGAGGGUUUACGUAGCGUGUGUUAUCAUUGUAUUCGAACAUAGCCAUAUCUUUCCAUAUUUCCAAUAUGACAUCGAUAAUGAACAUCAA